CACAAAUCGUUUGGAUGAAUAAAUCCGUUGACACAGUCUGCAAGCCAGGCUGGACACACGCCCUCCCCAGCCCAGGCCUUGUUGAGUGUGUCUGCGAGGGCUUGACAGGACGGCGGCCAUGGACGUGAGAGCCAUCCGUGUGCUGACACGAAAAGCCCCCGCGUCCAAGACCGCCAUCCCACACACACCUCAACACAGCAACAGAGGGAUCUUUUGGUACUUCCACACAAACCACCGGCAUAUCGACGAACGAUACCAAAAGAUCGCACGCCUAAUUCUGCUUGUCAGGAAAAGGACACUGUCUUGCUUCAUGUGUCUGUGGGCAUCGAUGCCUUGGGCGUCAACAACGGCGGUGCCAAUACAGCGACCCGACAGAUCUGUGUCGGGCCGUGUAUUGUCAUCGCUGCUGCCGACGCACAAAGCGACCAAUGCCGCGACACACAGAGCGUCCAUCGUGUGCAUAAAGGAACCAAUCACCGCACACACAGAGAGAUCACACACACAGGUAGAUAAGCGAGACAGCUGGGGAGAGGGAGAGAAACCACUGCGAGCGUGCGUCUGUUGACGGCUCGCCUGCGUCCACACACACACACACACACACACACAUAGACGACACAUACAAGGAAAACUCCUUCCACAAACAAGCAAAGAAACUACCAACCAGCAUUGAAAGCGACAACACAACAGGAUGGCACGUCAGAGCUUCGCCAUAGGCCCCCCACCGACCCCGGCCGCGUUGUUGGUGUCGGCGCCCUCGUAUAUCUCGUUGACGAGGGCGUUGUACUUCUGCAGCACCACCGGCCGCUUGAGCUUCAGGGUGGGCGUCAGCUCGCCAGACGCCACGGUGAAGUCGGCAGGCAACACGCGCCACUUGCGGAUCUGCUGCGCACUGCAUGGACGACACACGGGGAGAGAGAUGUGUCUGUGUGUGCUGGUGUGCUGGUGUGUGUGUUAUUGACAGCUUCCUGACCGUGAAGUGGCUCUGCUGUUGACCCGCUGGAUGCCCUCAGCCAGCAGCUCCUGAAUCACCUGCAAAUCGACGGACCAUCUCCCUUCCUCCCGCCCCCAUGCCAUGUGUGUGAGAGCCCAGCCUAGGUUAGGCACUGUACCGGGUGUGUUGCAGCGGCCCUGACGCUGGUUGGUGGGUUGGCGACCCCCCGUGUGCGCAUGAGCUUGGCCACGUCAACGCUGAGGGUGUCGGUCGGCUGCAUGUUCUCGUCCACCUCUGACUUGAGGCACACCAGCAGCGACAAGAAGGGCUUCCUGUCCCCUAUCAGCUGACAGUUGCUCAGGAACGGCAUCUCCUCCUGACGAACAAGACAGACAGGGGCAAUAUCAGCAAUCAGCAGCAGGGUACACCACGUCAUGACCGUGUGUAAGGUUUUAAGGGAGAGGGAGGGUCUGGCGUGCUGACCAUACUUUGCAAAUGUUUUCGAUGAGAACUGGCGGGAUGUUCUCGCCUCCUGCCGUGAUGAGCAGCUCCUUGAUGCGGCCAGUGAUGUAGAGAAACCUGCACACCACACCACACCACACCACACCACACCGACACACACGUCUUUGUCGGCCUGUUUGUUUGUCCUUCCCCCACCCAUCCAUCCGUCUACUCACUCACCCGUCGCUGUCGGUGUAUCCGAUGUCGCCCGAGUGCAGAAAGCCGUGCGAGUCGAUCGUCUGACGAGACGCCUGAUCGAUGCACACACACAUCGCCUGUCUCUGCGAGUGUCGGCUUUUCCAACUGCACCCACCUCUUCAUUCUUGAAGUAGCCCAUGAAGACGUUGCGGCCCCGCCAGCAGAUCUCACCGUGACCACGGGCUGAUCGUCACACACACACGCGCACCUCAAUCACACACACAUUGAGAGAGACAAGCGGUCCGUCUGGGGGGACGUACCAUCAGGGUGAUCUAUCCUCAGUUGCGUGCCGGACAAUGUCUGGCCGGGAGACCCAACACGGAACCUAUAUAACACAUUGAUUGACACAGAAAGAAGAGCGAGUAGAGAAAAGAUGAGAACCAUCCCCCCAUCCCUCUCACCCACCAGCCACCCCCAACUAACUGCCUGACAUACCUUUUGGGUAUGUUGAUGUUGAGUGUGGAUGGCCCGGGCGACUCGGACAUGCCGUACAUGUCACAGAUGGGGAUGCCCAGCGACAGAAAGUACUCCUGCGUCGCCUUGGGCAGCGGAGCCGCACCCGCACCGAACCCGCGACACCUGUCGAAACCCAACGCCUCGCGAACCUUACUGAACACCUGCAAAGUGGGGGCAUAUCGAUAUAGAGGGAGGGAGAGGGGUUAGUGGCUUUUCCGACGUGCAUGUGGCUGUCUGUCUGUCUGUGUGGGUUACUUACCAGGCGUUCGGCGAUGGAGAAUCCGAAAGGCACUUUGUCGCCCUCCAGCAGGGCAUUGGUGCCCCGGCUGCCCACCGCCUUGGCCCACUCAGCCAACCGCUUACGCAAACCUGUCGACUACACACACACAAAAGAGAAACACACACACAGACACACACACGGAGAGAGAUAUAUAUAUCGUGUCUGCCCUGCCUGCGGGAAGACCCCUCCCUCACCGAUUGAUUCGACUUACCUGUGCGCCGAUGGCCUUCAUUUUCUCUUCGAUUUUCUCCCAUAUCCGUGGUGGUGCGAAGAAGAAGGUCGGCCGCACCUCCCGCACCGUGUCCAUGAGGGUGCCCCUGAGGGCGUCCGGGGCCGCAAAGAAUACGGCCAUGCCACUGGCCAAAGGGAUGAACACAUCUAUCAUCUAGUGGACACAGACAGCACAAAGACAGACAGACAGACAGACAGGGAAAGGAAAGACGUCAGUCACCGUACCGUCUGGUUGUACCAUACCUGUCCGGCUAUGUGUGAGAGAGGGAGGUAGGACACGGCGCAGUCGUCGUUGUCGUACUUAGCCGAGGCGGUGCACUGGCCGGCCACCCAGGUCAUGUUGUCGUGCGACAGCAUCACGCCCUUCGGCACACCAGUCGUCCCACUCGUGUAGCACAGCGAACAGCACUGCAGCCAUCCGUCAAGCCAUCCACACCACAGACAGAGUGUCUGUCUGUUUGCCGGCCGAUCGACCAAGCCACGAGUGCCUUCCUUACCUGUCCAGGCCUGGCGGCCUCCAUCCGUGCAGUGAGGUCCCUCUCCCUCACUGCGGCGCUCUUGGCCAUGAAGUCGUCCCAGAACAGCACCGUCACCGAACUCAUUGCCGGGUCCAGAUCUGCCAAUGCAGGCGGCCUCUCGGCGUACAUGACCACCACCCGCAGCGUCUUGGCCCUUCCCUGCCGCUUCAGCGUCGCCACCUUGUUGAGCUGCUCGACCGUGUCGAUGACCAGCACGGGCGCCUCGGUGUCCUCGAGGAUGUGCCCCACAGCGUCGGCCUGGUUGGUCGUGUAGAUGCCCACAGAGAUGCCGUGGGCGAACAUCGCCCCCAGCUCGGCUAUGAACCACGCCGGCGCGUUGUAGCCCAGGAUGCACACUCGCGCGUAGUCGGGGAAGCCGACAGCAAUGAGGCCCUUGGCGAAACGGCAGACUUCGUUCCAGAACUGCUGCCACGUGAGGCUCUCCCACGGCGUGUUGGGCUGCCCGUAAGCCUUCUGCCAGAACAGCGCCGCCCGCGUCUUGUACCGCCUCACCGUGUCAGCAAACGACUCGAUGACGGUGAUUGGCGCCUCGCUGCCGGGGCCGUAGUCGGCCACGCGGAUGGGCAGCUCCGUGGCGACGUCUGUGGUCCAGAAGACGUUCCUGCCGCCGGUCUCGUGGGCGUUUUUGACGAGUUGGUGGAUGGAGAGGCGCGCGGAGAGGUCGGGGGGGAAAGAGGUGGCCUCGGUGGACAGCACAGUGCCCGCGGGGGGCGGCUCGUGGGGGUACACGAUGGACACCAUGCUGAGAGAGGGAACACAGAGCACACGCAACACAUCCAUGCAGGUGACCUCUCUGUGGAGCUCUUCUGGCGGACAUGCACACCUUGAAGCAGAGAGACCGAGUUGCCCGCCUGCCUAUGAUCUCAUGCGACGAGCCUGGCCUGCAUCGGAUGCAUCCACAGACACACACAUCGAUUCGGUGCUCGUUAGUGCUCCCUCCCUCCUUCCCCCUCCGCGUGUGCCCUUCCUGCACGCACCGUCAAUGCCCUCGCCUCACGUGUCUAAAGAGAAAAACAGCCGAAAGAUGUGCGAGCUCAGAUUGCAGAUCUCAAGGUGAGAAAGUGGCUGAUGUGACCGCCCAUCUAUCGGCAACUGCUGCUGCUGCUCGCCUUCUCUCACAAAACGUGGCUUGCCGCCGGGCGCAGAGCCGCCAUCUGUCACAUGAGAGGCCAUGUUCGGUGCGUCGCGGAAGCCGCCAUUACCCCAGCAGCCGCGCCCCAAGGCGUCAGCACCGCCCCGCCAGCCGCCACCGCCACACUCGCCGCCAGAGCUGGACGACGAAACACUUGAUCUGGCCUUGAGCUCCGGGCUGCUCUCGCCCCGUUCCACAAGCACUGCCAUAUGGGUGCCAGCAUCACCGUCGCCGUCGGUGUGCCCGCAGCCGAGCGAGGCCGAGUCGACGCUUUUUUCUCUGGAGGGCAUGGAGACAAACACAGACGCCGACACGAGGGCGCCCUCUGAGGCCUCGUCCGUGAGACGGUCGACCCUCUGCGGCAAGGAUGUGGAGCGGUCCACCGAGUCGCUGCCGAUGCCAUCGCCUUCGCCAGUGCCGCUGCCCCUACCACCGAGAAAUGGCGGUCGGGGUGUUGGUGGGGUUGAGCGGCCGUACCCGAUUGGUGGUGAAGGUGCCGGGGGAUUGUUGUCCUCCUCAUCGGUGGUGCCAUCGCCUGUGGGUGUCAACACGGUGGCGUUGCCGGACGCGUCGCCCGAGUUUGGCUCCAGGAUGAGGGAGCGGAAAAGACACGCCGACAU